CAGACAGACUACGGAACCAUAAAAAUGCCCCCCGCAUGCAAAGUUUGAUUGUAUAAUUGACGUGAUUAACUUAAUACUUGUGAAUUGUUUACAAAAUAAUUAGAUAAUUAUUUUAAUUUUCCAGCCUUAUGAUUUUCACACAUGAGUGAAAUCUAUAUUACCUUGCAAUCAAGGUUUGUACAUAAACGAGUUCUGUCGAUUAUUGUCAGUGUACAUCGUGGCUCUGCUCUGAUUGGAUUUAAACAAUAAUUCAUAAUGUUUAUAAAGGUUAUGUGCUUCACCGCUCUCACGGCUCUUGCUGUAGCAGUCGACCAUGAAGAGAACGGUCCAUAUGGUUUGGUUCGCUCGCUAGCACACAAAUUGCGCCAUCAUGGCUCAGGACACCAGAAACAUGUCCCGCAUGCUAUGCAUGAACAUGUUCCGCAUCAUCAACCUAUGCCCUACCAGCUACACGGACCGCAACAUGUCUUGCAUGAUCAUGCUCCACAACAGCCCUACCAGCUACAUGGACAUAUGAAUGACCAUGCUCCGCUUCCACAUCAGAUCCACCAACAAUAUCCAGUUCAUGUUCCGCAUAGACAUCAGCUGCAUGGUCUGCAUCAUGCAUCCAUGCAGCAUCAUGGCCAUGGACUUGGGUUGCAUGAGCAUUAUGACGAGAAGCAUCACCAGCAUGGUCAUCAUCCUCAUCACGGGACCGUCAGCCCCCAUACAUAUUUCUUGGGCGUCGACGAUCCGCAGAUGUGGACCGGACAGUCGGAAAAAGGUCGCAUCGAAGGCCAUGGACAUGUCGAACACCAUGCAGAUACGUGGUAUCACCAUUGAUGAUGAAUAAAUGAACGGACUGAACAGUAAUGGAAUUCAUCACUCUUAAAAGUAACACGAACUUAACCGCCUCCGUCGAGUUGAAGUUAAUCUCUCAUUUUUAAACGACUUGCUUAAAUGAGGGCUACUGCGUUUAAUUUUGCCGCUAGGGUAGACGAAGGUCUUUCAAAAUGUCAAA